AUGUCUACAGACGAAAAUCUACCAUGGACCACUUCCCGCUGCAAUCGACUUCUUCGUCCCAUCUCCUCCCGCCUCACCACCCUGCGCAAAGAACUCGACAGGCGGCGACAGGCACUUGGAGAAGCGCCCAAUGCAUCCAAUGCCCUAUCCCAAACUCCUCCGAGCAAGCCUAACUCGUCCCAGGGCAAGCGCGCAAAACUCCGAGGCUUCGACAAGACAAUGGACCCCGACUGGGCGCCGGGCGCAAAUUCAGGGGGCGCAAGCAAAAAGACGUACCGCCGAAGGGGUUCGAAGAAGCCGAUUUCAGUACAACAAACAGCCUCGGAGAAUGCUAUUUUCAGGCGACCUGGCGAGAUUGCGCUGGCCACUCCGUUCAUUGCUAGGACGAGGCAAAGACUCCAAGACAGUCCUUACGUGCAUGGUUCGCCGCUGAAAAAUGCCACCAAAAAGAGGGGACCGCUUAUCGCAAAGGUGGAGCAGCUACAGCUUCUCAAGGCCCAGAUGACACCUACGAUAUGGAAGCUGGUUAAUGGCUUGUUUGAUGCAUAUGCAAACCUGCUAGAGGCCACCAAAGUGGACGAGAGGAAAACGAGGAAAGGAACAAGGUCCCUCAUGGCUACCUGCCUCCAAGAAAUGCCGAAAUAUAUCGCCCUAGAAGUACAUUUUGUACAGCUCGAGGAGGAGGAAGCUGGCGAGAAUGAAGAACGAGAUGUCUCGGCCGAAGUGUAUACCUGGCUCGAGGAACAAUUCGGAACCCAUACUGGGCAAGGCUGGCGACACCUUCGGCAGAUAGUUCGAGCUCAUGGUACUGCACUCAUGUGCGAUGCAUUUGAGGAUCAACUUCUCGGCCUAGAGAUGUUAGAGGCUGUUGUGUCGCUUUGCAUGAAAGUCUCGGCAUGGGACGAGAUUGAGAAAUUCAUGUGGACCUUUUUACCCUUCUUGAAACCAUUACCAAUUCCGGUCAAUGUUCAGUCUGAUCUCUUCGGUCGACAGACAUCCGUCUAUAUGAACAUUGUCAACAAAUUCGUCGCCAUGACGCAGCGACACCAAUUCCUCUACGAUCAGCUAGAGUACAUGGUCUCUCAAGAGCUUCUUCCUGUUGAGUGGCUCGCUACCGUACGAAUGGGGCCAAUCUGGAGCAGGAUUGUGUCCAUCUUGUCUGAUGGAGACCACCGGACUUAUGCCAAUGCCUUCCAUCUUCUUGAGACUGCGGUCUGUAUUGGUGUGGGCCUUCCAGAUGACAGUGUAUUAGAUUUCGAAGGCAUUGGUACGUUGUGCAAAUCAGCAAAGGUGUCCUCUAGCAGUGCCCUUCGAGAAGCACUGGAUACGACUUUCUCAAGCCUCUUUACACUGUUGGCUGGGAUCACACUUGCGCGCCGUGCUGAAAGGCAAAAAGUCGAGGAAAUUGCUGUUCACGAAGUCACCUGGGUGCUAGAUUCCCUUGCUGUUGGCUUGUUAAAGAGAAAAAGCAUCAUGGACGAACUAGAGCGACGUUCACCGGACGAGGAUCGUUUGCGGGCUUAUGCUAAACGGGCUCUGUGGUCGCUUGCUGCGCCAUUUUUAAUACAUCUAGAAGGAUCUCUAUCUCAGCCAGGCAUGACACCUAUAAAUCAUUCAAUGCUUGUCAGGAGUUUCCACUGGCUGGUCUCACAGUACUCAUUGGACGAUAUCAACGUGUAUCCCAUUCUCGAGACACUCCCGACAUUCAUAUCAUCGAUAGCCCGGUGCUCAGGCAGACCUCGGAAGCACGACGGAUUUGAUGAACUCCAACGAUUAGUCGAUGGCAUGUUGUCCAAGAAGAGUCUUCAGUCUCCACACAAGUCAUGGAGUUUGCAACGGCUGGCGCUGGAUUCUGCACUGGAGUUUGCUCACAGCACUGGUGAUCCACAACACAUAGCUUAUGUUCGCCGGGUCGAGACAUCGCUAACCAGGAAGGGUCGUGUUAUGCUAAACUCGUCAAACCCCUCGAAUCAUUCACCGUCCUCUCGAGCCGGGUUUCAUUGGGAAGAAGGCAUUGGCGAGUGGGUGGCUUGCACGCCGUUCGCAAGGCAAGCGGCUCAGCCAGUGGCAAAGAGCCCGAUGUACCCUCUCGAACUAUUACCAACACUCACGCCUUCGGAUAAUGAG